AUGUUCCUCAUGUCCUUCAAGAUCACCCACCUCACCGCUUUGGCCUUCGCCAUGCUCCUCGUCGCCAUGACCUCCCACCAGGCCGAGGCCCAACAGAUCCCCAUCUGGUGUGUCUGCGACAAUGUCGACUACACCCGCGUCCUCUGCCAGGGAGCGCUUGCCGCUGGCAAAUUUGAUGGUGGCUCUUGUGGGUUGGACAAGUACAACUCUUACAUCCGCUUUGUUGACCUCUGCAAGAACGCCAAGGAUUCCAAGCAUCAAUUGCACUGCUGGAACUAA